GUACUGCAGACAGACAUUUUGUUGAAGCGAAAUCUACGGUGACAUUGUCAGCGCUAUAAAUUACGUGUGAAUUUUACUGUGAAGAAAUAAAUUUUAAAUAUGUCUGAGGCUUUCUUUGAUGAAUACGACUACUACAACUUCGACCACGACAAGCACAUUUUCUCCGGUCACAGUGGCAAGCAGCGUACAAAGAAAGAGGUGAGCGAGCACACCAACCACUUCGAUCCAUCAGGACAUUCGAGAAAGAUCGUUACAAAAUUGGUUAACACCGAGAACAAUAAGAAGGCUGCUAAUAAGCAUUAGAUGUGUUAAAAUAAAUAAAGACUAUGGCGUGGAAAAGGAUUGCUGAUUUGCCAAGCGGAAGGAGGACGUUAUGGCGAAAACCCGAAACGAUUUCGGGGAGCUCGUCACUGAGAUCAGUGGGACACUCCGAGCGAAUAAUGCUUUCUCAGGACCUUUAUUUUGCACAUUAUAAUGCAAGUGUAAGAUGGCGGAGCCGCCGCACUUAGCUUCGUGCACCGGGAUUUCAUCCUACAAUGAAUACAACACCGUUCCAACGACUGAUCUCAACCCAAUGGGCUUGUUAUAAAGCUCAAAAUUGCUGUGUUAUUAUUUCUAGUUAGAUUUAUUACGUUAUUUUAUCGUUUCGAUGAUCUAAAACUACUGUAAUGUAAGUCUAAUAAAACUAUACAAAGAUA